AUGGUUUCUACUGUUGAUGCUGGUCUUUACGGGGCAAUCGUAAGAGGAUCGCCCUAUAUUGCUACCGUCGUCGAAAACGAUGAGGAGGGUCACACCCUGAACAAUUACAACGGCUGGGUCAACCCCGAAGAUCUGACUCCCAUGCCACAAUGUAUAGCUCAGCAGGACCAUUCCACCUGGCUGGCAGCCAUGACAGAAUGCACCGCCAAACAAUGCACCUCUCAUUUUGCAUUCAUUUGCUUUCAGCACCAAUGGCUGACCCAACUUAGCUGUCUCAGCACCGAGGUUUCCCCGGAUCUACUCGAGCCUUAUCUCCCAUACUGCAGUAGAUCGGUCCUCAGCAAGGCGCAGCUAUACCUAUGGGUUUCAAACGUCACUAGUCGAACAUGGCUUGUUGAUGUGGGCGAUGCAAAUGAGUUGCAGAAUCUCUCCCCGGCCUCGCUAGUUGAAGGUGACUCCCUGCAGUCUAUAAUUGCUCUGGACUUUGAAACUGUCGGAUACGACCUCACCGGCGGUAAUAUCAAGGAGGGCAGCUACUUUGAUAAAACAUGUUUUUGCAGCUUCUACGCUAUAGAUCCAAAAAACGAACCCUGUUCAGGAUCAAUAUCGGGGUCAGGGGGACUUGACCUUACCCAAGAGCGACUAUGGAUCAAUGCCACCUGCGGAUCCACGUCUUUGCCUGCCGACUGGAAGGACACACUCCAAAUCACAGAAUUCGGAUAUAUCCCCAUUGAAGACUGGCGCUGGCCCAGCUGCUUCGCAGAUAUGCCGAGGCAAGUGACUGAGCUUCCUGACCAGUGCGCAGCCGAAGCCUGCGAUCUAGACUCGAAUGGCUAUUGUAGCAAUGUUAAGGCAGCAGUUGACAGGGCUUGCUUCUGCCACGGUAUCAGCUACGGUUCCUGCGAAGGUUCUUGUAGGAUCUUUGAGACUCGAAUUGAAUAUCUCAACUGGCUCCACGAUAUGUGUAGUGAGAUGGAGGACUGGCAUGGUCUGCCAGAUAAUUGGCGUCAAUUAGCUGCUCCUAGCCCUCUCGACAUGAUUCCAUGGAGAUGGACCAUCAAGUCAUCCAAGGAAACCGGCAGUUGUCCUUCAACCGGCCGGAAGAUCAGCAGCUUUGCACAAGUCAAUAUAACAACAUUCCUCGUGUUACUGCUCUUCCAGAGAAUUGGCAUACGUGGGCUUUCGCACAGGUUUCUAUGGCACCAUCAGCAGCCACGCUCUUGGUAUUCCAAAGGGUGUUUACUAGCCGCUUCCCAAAUCCUUGCAAACUACGUCAAUGCACUUCUGGUCCAAAGAACUCCCGGUUAUGAAGACGUCCCCGUUACUCAACUACUCCUCCUCUGGUGCACAAUGCCUCGAGUGUUUGCCUGGCUCACGAUAGUGCUUGUUGGUAUACAACGAUUUGACGAAAUGGAUGUAUCUGCUGCUGCGUCUUGUCUAUUUGCGGAAGCGAUUCUCCAGAUCCCUUCGGCAUAUUACAUGCUCAUAACUGUCAAAUAUGGCGUUGAACACAACUUUUACUUCAGCGGGCGUAUGGAAAAAGCUGAAAGGGGCUGGAUGGCCAUAAUGAUGUAUCGUGGAGCAAUCAUGUGGCUAGCAAUUAUUGUCCUGGCAUUCGGUCUGUUAAUUUGGACUGGACAUAGAAUAAAUCGGAUGACUGAAGCUGGUAGCCUCGAACCUCCACCAUCAAAGACGAAGAAAGAUAGAAAGGCAAUAUCGAGGAUUGCAGAGGGACUGAUGGCCCUGGCCAACGAACGUUAUUCACAAUUUAGGGAAAAGGUGCUACAUUUUUGGAUCGUCGAGUGUAGUGACCUAGAGAUAAUCCGGCCGAUAAGAAGAAACAAGGUGAACAAUGGCCCCGUAUAUGGCACUUUUCCCGUCACAGGCCAAGAUGGGCACUGGGCUUCUCAUAGAUUGUUUAUGGGAUUAUAUGCGGCAUUGACCCUUGGCAUGCUUGCUCUUUGGUUUGCGCAGUGGCUCUUUUGGGGUGGGUUUAUUGGUCUCAGCUUGGAAGAUUAUUGUCCUCCUGAGCUUGGGUUGCUUACUAUUAUUUGGAUUGUAUUCUCUUUUGCUGGGGCGACUCUUGGAGCCCCUUGA